AUGGGUGUGUCUGCAGAAACAGGAUUGGGAAACACUGGUGGAUUGUCCGAGAUGAGCACAGAACACGGUGACGGGAACGCUCUGGGAGUGUUAAAGCAGAGAAUUCCAGAGAUUUCCUUCUGUUCACACAUUCAACAUGCUGGUGCAAAAGCUAAGCUGGAUCACUUUGUUGCUGUUUCUGUAUCAACAAGUUUCGCCUACCUCUCUGCAGGUGCAGAAGCAAAAAGAACACAGAUCUGUGAAGGAGGAUCUGCGUACCUCAGCUGUGAUUUGGGAUUCAUAAAGGUCAUUAAAGCCAACUAUGGGCGAACUGAUCACAAAACAUGCGCUAGUGGGAAACCAGCUAAUCAGCUCUCAAAUAAACACUGUUUCCGAAAAACAUCCCUCUACACGAUGUCCAAUCGGUGUGAUGGAAGAAAGAGCUGUACUGUUCCUGCAGUGAACUCUGUUUUCUCUGAUCCUUGUGUUGGGACUUAUAAAUACCUGGAUGUAUCUUAUGUCUGUAUCCCAACAAAAAGAAGUGUAACCUGUGAAUUUUCCCAAAGCGUCAUUGUCUGUGAUAUUGGUACUAUUUUUGUUCAUCAUGCCAAUUAUGGACGACGGGAUCUUGUAACCUGCCCUCAUAAAUUAGCAACCACACCAGACUGUUACUCUCCUCAGACCAGCAGCCUGCGUUCCAGGUGCAAUGGGAGGAAGUCUUGUCACGUAAAUGCUUCAAAUUCUGUCUUCUCUGAUCCAUGUCGGGGUGUCCAUAAGUAUUUGGAAGUGUCAUACAGCUGUAAAUAAUAUUGUGA